AUGGCACGACAAGCUACGGGUCCUAAUGAUCACCCAAACUGUCCCACAUUUUUACAAGUAUAUAAAAUGCUAACUAUGUAUUCGAUACUAAAGCCUCCUAAAACUGGAAACUGCAUGAUACUGGAUUCAACAACACCAAAAAUUACAAUUAGUGAUCUUAAGAAUGUUUUUAGUAAAUAUGAUACACCAGAAAGACAAAUAAAAAUUAAUAAACUUACAGAGAGGCUUGAUACAUUAGUUACACAAGAUGUGGAAGUGGAUGAUGUAUUUCAACCAGAUAUUUUUAUUGAUCAUAACUAUUACAAAUCUAACUCAGAAACUUGUGUGUUAUAUUAUAUAUGUGGGUUUGUUUCAAGACAUAUAAACAAACAUAUUAAGUGCAGUGAUUGUCAACAAGCAGUAUUAGGAAAAACUUCAUAUUGUGAUUUGCCUGAAGCAACACUGACAAAUAUGAAAUCUAGAGGGGGUUUAUGCCACCCAAACAUGUUUUUGUUUCAUUUGUUGGUAGACGUAGAAGACUCAUUCAAAAAGUUUUGUGAUGAAUAUGAUGUUUUUGAAUUGACUGUUGAUGAUUUCUUUAACAAAAAACAACAACUGAUAAAAACAUUUCCAUGCGCUACUCAUAAAAGUGAGAUACUUACCUUUAUAAUAUCAUACUACAUUACAACAAGAAUGCAUCAGUACACAAAAAUCUCAAACAUAGACCAACAUAAAAAUAAUGCAAAAAAGAAGAAAAAUGCAAAACUUGUUAAUACAUAA